AAAAACCUAUUACUGUUGUAGGAACGUUGCGUUUGUUUCUGUUUCCGGACGGAGCAUAAUACCGGUCACACGAAAUGGCGACCUCCCUGCUGCGGUUAGGGCGACUGGGUUCCCUCAAGUGUCUCCGGUUGGAGAGCUUGGGCAUCCUGAGGAGUCGCUCUGCGGCGCCAUUCUGCUCUCAGGCUGAAGAGCCCCCGAUACCAGCCGCCAAAAAGACCAAGACAGCGGCUAAGACAGCAGACACUCCAGAUGAGAGAGCAGCCUUACUAGCCUACAAGACCGCAGUUGCCUUCCCCGUUAGACUUUCAGAUCCUGGAGCUUUCUCAACACAGCCUGAACCCGUUUCCAGCCCUGCAGCAGCUGCAGGAACCAUCGCAGCUGCAGCAGCCGCAGCACCUGAAGCAGCUUCACCUGAGGCUGCUGCAGAACCUGAAGCUGCUGCUGAAACUGCAGCACCUGAAAUUGCCACAGCACCUGAGGUUGCUGCAGAACCUGAAGCUGUCGCCAGUGAACCACCUGCUGCUGAGCCUGUAGCCACAGCAGAGGCUCCUGCUCCUGAACCAGAAGUCACUGAAGUUGUAGUCGACACAGCUCCACCUGCUGCGGCUGCAGCACCAACUGCAGCCGCAGCAGAGGCUCCAGUUGCGGAGCCAGAUGUUGCUGAGGUUAUAGUCGACACAGCGCCAUCUGUAGUUGAGACAGCUGCACCCGUAGUGGAGCCUGCAGCUGUAGCAGAGGCUCAAGCUCCUGAAGCAGAGGUUGCUGAGGUCGUAGUCGAUGCAGCUCCACCUGUAGUCGAUACAGCUGCACCUGUAAUCGACGCAGCCCCCACAAUUUCUGAGCCACUUGUUGCUGCGAGCGCUGAAACCACAGCACCAGAAGACACUCCAGCUGUUGCCUCCACCUCUCAGGAUGAAGUCCCAGCCGCCUCAGCCUCCUCUGAGCCCGGUGAUGCUGCAGCCGAUACUUCAUCGUCCUCCUCAUCGUCCAGCGACUCGGACUCUGACUCAGACUCAGAUUCUGACUCCGAAGAUGAGAAGUCAGAAGCAAAGACGGCGCCCACAGUCACGUCAGAAUCCCCCGUGAAAGGAGAAGCAGAAGUCCAGGAGGUCACAGCAGUGACGGAAGAAGCUGAAGUUGUUCUCGCCUCUGCUGCUGAGGCCGUACAAGAAGCUGCUCCAGCUGCAGAGGAAGCUCAAGCCUCUGUGGAAGCCCCCAGCGCUGCCCCAGAGGAGUUGGUGGACUCUGCUCCUGAGAUCUGCACCGCUGCUGAAGACACACUAGAGAGCAGCCCAGAAGCUGCAGUGGAACCAGAAGUUAAAGAAGAAGUUGUUGUCGUUGAAGCUGCAGCUCCUGAAACCACAGAACCUGCAUCUGCUGAAGCCGCAGCUGAGCCUGCAGAGGCUGAAGCUGCCCCCUUAGAAGCUGCAGAAGAGCCCGCCUCUCCCGAGGUCGCUGCAGAAGCUGAAGCUGCUCCCGCUGAAAUGACCGCUGAGGCUGCGGCUGAAGUUUCUCCUCCUGCAGAGAGUUCAGAGGAUUUGGUGGAUCCUGCUCCUGUCAUAGCUGAAGCUGCUGCAGAGCCACUAGAAGUUGCUGAAGCUGCACCGGUAGAAGCUGCACCUGUAGAAGCUGAAGUUUCACCGCUAGAAGCUGAAGUUACACCAGUAGAAGCCAAAGCUGCACCUGAAGCUGCACCAAUAGAAGCUGCAGCAGAGCCUGUGGAGGCCGAAGCUGUGCCUGUGGAAGCCGAAGCAGCACCUGAAGCUGAAGCUGCCCCCGUAGAAGCCGCAGCUGAGGCUGUAGCUGAAGUCUGUGCCCCAGUGGAGAGCGCAGAGGAGCUGGUGGACCCGGCUCCAGUUGUAGCUGAAGCUGCAGGAGAGGAGCUGCAGGCGGAGGCCCCAGUUGAAGCGUCUGAGGAGGCUGCAGCAGCAGCGCCUCCAGAGCCCGAGGAGCCGUUUGACAACAGCACUUACAGAAACCUCCAGCACCACACCUACACCCCCUACACAUUCGCAGACCUGGACGUGGAAAUGGCCAAGUUUCGUCUGCCUCAGCCGUCCGCCGGCAGGCAGUAGAGGAGCUCUCUGCAAACAUUUAUAAAGCUUAAAUAUGACGAAGAUGAUGAUGAUGUUGUCCCUGUAUGAUCACCCCCUACCUGUCAGAUCAGCGUGAUAUCUGCUGUUAUAUUAUUAAAACACACAAAGAGAACAA